GUCAGAAACAUGGCCGCUCCCGUGGAUGACAUGUUUUCCUUCUGCGUGGAUCCCGGCAAAGCUGCCGCCGGCGUGGAAGUGAGAUUUAUCGACAACAUUAAGGUGAGCUGGUUUAGAGUUUUCCGAGCUGAGGUUUACAGACCUGAUCUGAACCGGGUCUUCAGCUGAGAGGCGGCUGUAGGACUUGAUCUGAGCCGGCGGAUCACUGACUGCUGCUGGGCUCAGACUGAACUCAGAGUACCGGACAAGUUUAUGAGCCACCAGAGUGUGGUUUUAUGUUUAAUGUGACAACCAGAGCGGUGCUUUAAUGUGGGUCAUUUCAUCAUUUUAAAGUCAAAAGGAGAGCAGAAAACUGAGGGACAGAAUCCACCAUCACAGCAGGGGUGAGUCUUCUGGUACCUGUUCAUUAAGGAAACCAAACUGACAAAAGUCUCCAUUAUAACAGUGUAUGGCACUUUUAUAAGACAAAAUCUCAGUGUUUCACUCAGUCAAAAAAUCCCUUUCCCCCUGACACAUGUGUGUUAAUAUACUCAUAUUUUAGGAUAAUUUGAUCCAAUACUACUUUAUGGAUGGAAAUUGUUUGAAAUUCUCAAUGAGUUGCUUGUAAGAUAAAAAAUGUGAACUAAUGUGGACAAAAAUUAAAAAUAAUGUUUUUGAUUGAUUGAUUGAAAUUUUUUUUAACAUAAAAAUAUAAUAAUAAUAAUAAUAAAAAUAAUAACAGUAAAUAAUGAAAUAAAGAAUACAACAACAAAUGACAAAAAGUUAUUCAUGUUCAAUAAGGAGUGGGAAGAAGUCGAGACUUAUCUAGUCCCACCCCUUCUUCUACACUAAAAAUUCUCCUACAUCACGGGUGUCAAACUCAAGGCAAUAUAAUAAUAAUAAUAUAAUAAUAAAUUAUAAUAAUAUAAUUAUAUAUAAUAAUAUAACAUAAUAACAAUAUAAUAAUAGCAAUAAAAAUAAUCACCACAGUGAAAAUAACAAAACAACAACAAAACAAUGAUGAUAAUGAUAAAAGUGACUAUGAUUGCACAUCCCUGUAUCCCAUGAAAACAUAUUCUUUUAUAUUUUUUAAAUUGUCAUUUAAACAUUUUGUUUAAAAUGUCUUAUUUGUACUUUCAUUGUCCUUCAUACAAAAUUUUAAGUUGGGGAAGAAAAAAGCCAGAGUGUAUGUAUUAUGACCAUUUUCCAAAGGAUUACCUCACACAAUAAUGGCAACAUGGAAUUAUCUGGAAGAAACACAUCUAUAAGACAGUAAGAUCAUUAGAAGUUGAGUGAAAAUUUUUAACUUACAGCGAAUAUCUCCUCUAUCAGCCAAGUGACAAAAAACCACCAUAGAGCAUCAUAGCUCUGUUUAAUAAGGAUUGUUUACUCUGCAGUGGAAUAGUAAGCUCUAACUCACAGGUCUAUAAUCACAUAUUUUCUCAUGUAUUUCAGGGUAAAGGUCUUUUUGCCAAAAGGAGCAUCAAGAAAGGGGACAGCAUCUUUGUGGAGCGCCCUCUGAUCUCUGCUCAGUUCCUGUGGAAUUCUUUGUAUAAAUAUAGAGGUGAGACAUUUCCAAACAUUUACUUGAAGAUGGCUUUCAAAUUAUACAAGACAUACUUUAGUGACAUAGCUGUAAUUGAUGACCAGAUGUGGACGUUUUGAAAGCUCAGGUUACACAGAGACCAAUUUCUUUCUUUUAAAAACUGAAUUUUGGGGCAUUUUUGUGGUGUAGGAAGAUGAUAAACAUAAGUGAUGUUCUGAAAUCAUUGAGAUUGCACUUAUAAUGUGGGCUGGCCAAAGGAAGUUGAAGUAUUUACUUUAUCUUGAUCUGCAUCUUACAUCAGUACACAAUAAAUAAGACUGAUAUACCUUUCGAAACAGAGAGGAAAUGAUGUAAUUUUUGUCAAUUUAGUUUUUUUUUUAGUUUUGAUUAGACUUAUGUAAUAUCUCUUUUUUUCAUAAAAUGAAGUAAAGUUCAAAACGAGUAUCACAUUUUGAAAAGUACAAGUAAAAUCUAAAUUGUCCCCAACUUUUUUAUAUGUAUACCUUAAAGUUGUUAGCAGUCAAACAAUGGAGUAAAAGCACCGAAGUUUCAUCAAAAUGUUUCAUAUUUCAGGCUUUCAGAGGUGAAACUGAACAGAUUUAUUUUAGAAAAAGUUAGUGUUUUGUUUUCCUUCCGCUCAUCUGCCGUCUUCUUGUCUCCUAAACAGCCUGUGAGUAUUGUUUACGAGCUCUCGAGACGGCGGAGGAGAAUGCGAGGAGACUCAGCGGGAAUCCUGGGCUCAGCCUCCCUCACCCUGAGCUCUGCCGGGUCCGAUCAGAGCUGCACCAGGCCUGCCCUCAGUGUCAGGUCAGUCCAACCAACCAGGACUCGAGUCCUCUCGGAGCUCUGGAUCUCAUAUUUUGAUACAGAAAGAAAUGUGCUGUGAAAAGGGAUUCUGAUCAAUAUAAGGGGAGACACAUUGAUUAGAAACCAGCUGUUGUAGACAAUCGAUCAAUAUUUACUGGUCAGUAUUGGUAUUCCGUAUUGCUGAGUCAUCCAGUCUGAUUUUAUGAUCUAGGUUUUAACUUAAAACUAAGAUCAGUGUCUGUCCUCUGCAGAUUCUGUUUAUUUCUAGUGAUGCAUCUUCAUAUUGGUUGUGAUGGAGAAAGCAGCCUUCACUUAAUUAAAUUGAUUUUUUGUUAUUUAGUGAAUGCGCCUCAAAUAUAGAGGCCGUAGCGCUUGUUGCAGCUGUGACUGAUUCAGCACCCGACCAUGAUCCUUUGCUGCAUGUCAUUCCCUCUUAUUUCCCUUCUUUGUGUUUCCUACUUUGUUUGUUGUAUAAAAUUACUCACUCAGGAAAAAAAAUUCAUAGGUAUCAAUUAAUAAGAGCUAAAACCUUCAUUUUUCACCAAAGAGAAGCACUUUGUCUGUAAGCACACUGUUGUGUAGAGAAGCUGUCAGGCCUUCAAGUAGAUCAGAUUUCCUCUCUGAGUGAGUAACAGCCGUCUGUUAUAAUAGAACUAAUUUCCUGUUUGAAGCAACCUCACACCUUGGUUGUUGCUAGGUGAUGGAGGUCUGUGGUUUCUUGGAAACUGGGCUGCAUGGACGAAAUAAAAGUUCCCACAAAAGAACCAGACAUUAAUUAAAGUCUUUUAAAACUUUUUUAAGUGUUGCUUUGAGCGCUCUACUUUUAGGUUUUAGGUAACGUCCUCAUUUGCUGAUUUCUCCUUUCUCAGGUGAUGUACUGCAGCAGUGAAUGUCGACAAGCUGCGGCAGACCAGUACCAUCGAGUUCUGUGUUUGGGUCCAUCCCAGGAAGAUCCAGAUCACCCCAUCAACAAACUGAAAGAUGCAUGGAGGUGAAACAGCCUGUUACAAAUACUAAAAGAAGUAAACCCUCACAGAAUUUCUGUUUUUAAGGUGUAAAAUCUGCUUUUAUUUUCUGUUCAGGAGCAUGCAUUACCCCCCAGAGACCUCCAGCAUCAUGCUGAUGGCCCGAAUGGUAGCUGUGGUCAAACAGGUGAGUCUCUGAGCACUUUUGGCUUCUCAUGGAUUCAGUAGAAAUCAAGAGAAACUUUGAAGGGAAAGGACUUGAUUCCCGGUUCCCCCCUUACCAGUAUCCAUCUCUGUUUGAAAUCAAGCUUUAUAGAGUAAAACCUAGCUUGAAAGUACCUUUGGUCAGACUAAUACUGACAUGCCAGAGAAGAAAACUAAACCUGCUGAUGUGAGGACAUUUUUAAUAGGUUUUGCUCUUAUGGGUUUUAAGCAACUGACAGUACAAAUGAAUCUGUUUUGUAUUAAAUUCAUUAAAAGAUGGGAAACAACUUGAUUUAUACACAUGGAAAAAUAGCUACUUCAGCUAUUUUUAGCUGGUCCAUUACAAAAAAGGAGGAUUACGAUGAUUCAAACAAUUAGAUUAAAAAAAAAAAAACAUACUUAGAAAACUUCCCUGAAACACAAUACCUAAAUAAAAACAUUAUAUAACUGCAAACGACAUGAAACAGGUUACUUGCAUGAUAAACCUGCUGUUUGUGUUUUGGCAUCUUUCAGCUCAGUGUUUUGGUUCAGUCUCAGUCAUCUCAUCAGUUAAUUUUCCAUCAAAAAUCCCAAUUAAUAAUAAUAAUACUAGUAAUAACAAUAACAAUAAUAAUAAUAAUAAAAAUAAUAAUAAUCCAUUUUAUUUAUAACGCGCUUUUACAGGUGCUCAAACACACCUUACAAAGAAAAAGAAUAAAAUAAAAUAAAACACAAUUUAAAAUACAAAGAAAUUUGAGAAAUAAAACCAAGGAUGUAAAAGGUCAAAAAGGACACAAUAUGAGAAGACAAUAAAAGAACAGCUCACAGGUUAAAAGCCAAAGCCAAUUUAAAACACUGUGUUCUAAUCUUGUGGGUUUUUGUUAUAUUUUCAGGCCAAAGAUAAAGCUCACUGGCAGAAGCUGUUCUCACAUUUCUGCAGUCGAGCAGCCGUUGAGGAAGAGGAGAUCGUCCAUAAACUCCUCGGAGAGAAGUUCAGAGUGAGUGACCGCCUUUUUCUUUCCGCUUGAGAUAUCAAAUCAUUGGCAUGCAAAAUGUAAAACAUCUGGCAGUUCAAAGACAAUGUCUGGCUCUUAUGCUGAUCACACAUCUUACAGCUGAAUUAGCAAACAGAGGCUUUUUUUUACACUCCUGAGACAGAGGGUUAAUUCUCUGUGGGGCGGCUUAAUGCUUACAUGUAUGUUUUCUGUGACAUUAAACCACUUUUAUCUUCCUUACACUUAUUUAAUAUGUGUCUAUAGGGGCAGCUGGCCUUAUUACACAGCCUUUUCAAAGCAGCACUUUAUGACGAUCAUCUCAGCCGGGUAAGAAACGUAAAAACUUUGUCACAAAACUUUUAUUAUCAAGUUUGAACUCGUUGUUUACAACUCUAGGAUGACGAAUUAUUAUGUGGUUAUAUUAUCUUUCCGUACAUUGAUUAUAAAGCCAUCAGCUGGUGCAUUUAGCUCAACAUAAAGACGGGAAAUAGGAGGGAACAGACAGCCUGUCUCCGCCUUGUGAAACAAAUCUUACCACUGGCCCUGCUGAAGCUGGCACAUGUGUAUCCUGUUUCAAUCCUGUUCAAAAUGAUGUUUUUAACUAGAUUGACAUUUAAACUGGAAGACAGAGAGUGAAUCCUCCUAUCUGACCUGUCCAUAAAAUAAUCUAGACUCUGCUGACUCUGACGUUAGCAGUUCUAUGAAAAGAUGCUCCUCCUGCUCUGAUCAAUAAGUAAAACUGUGAUUGUGUUGCAGUGGUUUGUCCCUGAAGGUUUCCGCUCUCUCUUCGCUUUGGUGGGAACAAACGGACAAGGCAUCGGUACAAGGUGGACCCUCGCUCAUCUUUUACGUCAGCUUUUAACAGGCUUUACGCUGGAUCACAGUUAUUCAUUUCCCCUCUCUCUCUCCAUCUCUCUCCCUCUUUGUACUGUGCCCUAUUUUUCUCCUCUUAUAGCUCAUUGAGUCAGUGGGUUCAUGCCUGCGAUGCACUUGAGCUUCCUGCCCAGGAGAGGGAGCAGUUGGACUCUUUUAUUGACCAGCUGUACAAGGACAUUGAGAAAGGUCACAGCUUUAUCUCAGCUUUACAUUCUUACAUACAUUGAAGUGUUUCUGUCACAACCAAGCAGAUUUGUAGUAGGCUUAAAGUAUGUGUGAGAUUUGAACUGAGGUUACAGGAUAAUCACAUCAUACACAGUGUUGGAAUUUCUGGGAAACAUUUUCACUAUUAUGAUUAUAAAUAUACUAGACAAACACAGUGGGUGUUUUUGUAAAUUUUGCAAGCAAUUUAAGCACAAAAAAAAAUCACAUUUUUUUAUUGUAAUUUCUGCAAACAGAAGAAAACCUCUCUCCCACUUGGUGCCAUUCAUUUCCUAAUAAAACCUAAUAUAUAAACUUGAAGGUUCAACUAUCCUGCUUGUGCCUUAAGCCCCUUUUACACGUGGACUUCACUCCAGAAAAUUUCCCCAUAAUUCCAAAGUGAGCUGAUAUCAUUUAGCCCACUCCUUAAGGAUAAAACUUUCAGGUUUUUACUACAUCCACUUACCCUUUCUUUUUUUACUCAACAAUAUUUUUAUUAGUUUUAUACAGAAUAUGCAAAAAAACACAUCACAAACUUCCCCUUUCCCUCAAAACCCCGUCUACUGCUGGAUAUUUCUGUUACUGUGCUCAAGUAACAACUUCUGAGGCUAUAACUAAAAUAAUAGAAUAAAAAAUAAAUAAAAAAUACAAGUAAGUGCUGGAAUUCGCGUUUUUCAGAUCUUGAAAUACAUAAGAUGUUGAGGAAUAAAAAGUCAAAAGAGAAUAAGUUGAAUGAACUACUGUAUGUUAAGAGAAAUACAAAUAUAGACAAGUCGCUCAAAACUGAAAAAGUCCAUAAAAGAGAUAAGAAUUUAAAUUGUAUGAUUAUAAAACAUCACAGAAAUAUAUUUCAAAAAUACUCUCCUUAAGGAUAAAAAUUUCCGUUUUUUUACUACAUCAACUCACCCUUUCUUAUCGCAAACUUUUUGCCAGGAUGCCGACAGGAAAAAGUCCGGAUAAAGUCGAGGUGAAAUUAUCUAGAAAAGCUGCCGACAGCCUUUUUAACGGCCCAGAGAGUUACUUCUCGACAUAAAAGCUCACUAUCUCCCAUUUCUUAAAUUUCUCCAACACAACAUCUUGCUUAUGCUCUUAUGCUGCAGAUUUAUCCAUCAAGAGUAAACACCCUGCAGCACAUUUUCUCCUUAUGUGUUGCCAUAGUGUAAACUCACGCUAAGACGAGGUGUAGCUGAUAACAAGGAAACAUUCACACAAAAUGUGAUGUGACUGUCAUUACACAGUUGGGAUGAUUCGCAGUAAAUUAUACAGCCUGAGUCUGCGGUGCAUCAGAAAGUCUGAAGAGUUCAUUAUUUGUGUGUUCUCUUUGUAGCAACGGGAGACUUUCUGAACUGCGAAGGCUCUGGACUGUUUCUGCUUCAAAGCUCAUGUAAGUGCACAUGAUGCUCGUGUCAUAAGCGCUGUCACUGCAGUUUAAAGACGCUGUUAAUCUGGUUAAGGGGCUGUCUGGUUACCCUCCUUUUUGGUCUUGUCGCCUCUUUGACCUCCAGGUAACCACAGCUGCGUACCGAACGCAGAGGCUUCCUUCCCCGACAACAACUUCCUGCUCCAGCUCAGCGCCCUCAGUGACAUCAACCCGGGAGAGGUGAGCUGACUCGUCUGGGUUAUAGGUGAUAAAUUCUGGCCGGGGAUAGAUGGGACACUGCAUCCCUCUCCAGCUUUGUGUUCUCCCUUGUCAGGCGGUAUUAGAAGGCUGAGGCUUUGAGGAUUGGAGGGGGUUUGUCAAGCUGUCAGAAAGAUUGAGAAGGCUUGCAUCUGCACGGCACAGUAAUGUCAAAGCAGCUGCAUUACUUUCACUAUAUAGCUCUACUUUGAAUGCUGACUAAGACAGGAGCGCUUUGUGUCACAUUUCACCAGCAUAAAGAUGGAAGAACACGGAACUUUUUUUAGGCACUUGAGAAAAUAGCAUGUUUAUAUGUUUAAGACUGGACAUGUAGAUGUUUUAAAAUGUGAGUUUUUUGCUCUUUAUUUUCAGGAGAUCUGCAUAAGUUAUUUAGACUGCUGUCAGAGGGAGAGGAGCCGCCACAGCAGACACAAAAUUCUGAGGUAAAAAAAAAAGAAAAUCAAUGACCUCUCAGAUAAUUCAUUUGAAGAAGGCCACAGUGUUACUAAUUCAAAGGCUGCCCCCCUGAAAGUCUACAACCUGAAACAUCAGAAUCAGAGUUGACUCACCUUUCUCGGUUAAAUUUACUGUCUCAGGGUUAAAGGAGCAGCAGCUCCAAACAGUGUAAGCUUACAGAUUUACACAAUGGCCCAUCCAUGUUUCUUGUUAAUUUAUGGGUAGCAGAUUUAUCCACCAGGCGUCCACCUCUCCAAAAUAAAUAAACUGAGUGAUUAAGACCGGAGAGAAGAGGUGAUAAAGCUGUUUCACAUUAAAAUCAGCGCUCUCUCUCUCGCUCUCUCUCUCUCUCUCUCUACCUCCUGUGCUGGAAACAGGACAUUAAGAGCCUGCAUGUUUUUUGAUUGGACUCAUUAAGAGUUCCUCAUUCGCAAAGAUUUAUUAUUCAGCUAUUUGAUUUUUGUGUAGGUUCUCAUUCAUCCAGGUCAUAGUGAUCCAAGACUUGAUCCAAAGAGGCAACUGGACUUGAUUGAAGUUCUUGAGGACGUCGGGAAGACGAAAUGUCCUUUAGAACUUUAACCAAGUCCAGUUGCAACUUUUGGAUCAAGCUUUGUAUUAUUUAUUGAUUAUUAAACAACAACCAUUUAACUAUUAAACAAACUCAACUGUAAAGAAGGACAGGACAAGAAAAAAGAAAGGGGGGGAAAAGUAACUGUUUUAAAUAGGUAAAUAAGUUUACAGAAUAUGUUUUUUUUAAUUGUAAAAGGUCAUAACACCUCUGUCUCUCCUGUAUCAGAGGUCCAUAAGAGGUUCUCUUAUGGUUCUCCUUAUCAUUAUUUAAGUUUCAGGUGUGCUUUUCCAGAUGUAAUGUUUCAGUCAGAGGGUGAGGAUGAGUUCAGGUACACUUUACUCAAACAGACAGAACUUAAUGUACAGCCUGUGCAGGAAACAGUAAUUCUGUUCCCUUACCGCGGGACAUUGAGGUAAAACACUCUGGUUCUGAUCAUGACUGAAAUCACAUCCCAGGUCUUUUUUCCAUUUACUCUCAGAAGAAGUCAAAGGGGAACUGUGGUGAUCAGGCAGAGCAUCAAAAAUGAAAAACAUUACGCACUUUAUACCGUUGCGUAUUGAUCCUAUCGGUCUUGUCUGCUUUUGUAUAUUAUAAAAGGAUAUCAGUAUGAGUUUCAGUCUAUUUAGUUUAUGUCUAAAAACUCCUUCCCUAGUCCUCAGGAUGGUGUUGAACUUUUAAAGUAAAUGUGCAUGAACUUCACAUGUUUGAUCUGAGCUUUCGACAUCGAGAGCUAACAAGGGGGUUGUUUCAGUAUCGGAUUGAAGAAAAUAAGAUGUUAUAGCUCCGUAUUUUACAGCUAAAUCUUUUUCUAGCCUCAGCAUUCAGAGUUGUGUAGGCUCUAUCAAAUUCCAUCUGGAUCAAUAACAGCCCUCCAUGCAAUAAUGGGGAGUCCUGGGGCAGAGAUGUUAGGACUCUGAUGGCUACUCUUGUGUUUCCACUCCUCAUUGAUCACCAUGAUGUAGACCCGUCUUUGAUUUACUCCCCUCCGUUUCUGGAGAUGGAGUUUGUGUACAAGUCUCUGAGAUAUUUAAAGCUUUUAUUGCAUCCUGUGAUAAUUGUCAGCCUUGUGAAAUAGCAGUCGCACCCCAGGCAGGUAGUGUAGACCUCACAUCUCCCUCACAUCAUACCAGCUGAUGUGAGAGUAUCAGCCGCACCACAAGUAUUAAUUAGUGUUAACAACUAAUUUGCUGUGGUGCACAGCAGCUUCUGAACAGCUUUUCAGAACAGCAGAGUUCAAUAUGUGUCUGAUUAAUUCAGAGGAGCAACAAUGUGACUGGUGGAACAUUUUCUUCCCAGGGAGAACUACCUGUUCGUUUGCUCAUGUCCAAAGUGCAUCUCGCAGAUGGAUGAGCUGGAUGUGACAUCAGACGAGGAGGAGGAGGAAGAAGAAGGCGAGGCAGAAGGUGAAACAGAGGGGGAUGAGAUGGAGGAUGAGAUGACAGAUGUCUGAUGAAAGACUCAUUCAUUCUCAGCCGUUUCCAUUCCCGCCGCCACGCUAAGCGACCAUUGAAGCCCAGAGCAGACGAGAUGUUUGGAGAAAUGUGUGAAAUGUCUCAUUAUCAGCAAAUUUCACUCAUUUGUUAUCCACUUUCAGGGAUUAGAAACAUAUAGGUGUCUUUUAAAUGAGGUGUACUGAAUGUGUAAGAAGCGAGGCUUGUCCGAGGACAGUGAUGAUAUUUAAUCAUUUUUGCUCCACUUCAGCACACGGGGGGUUUAAAAUCAAACAAAGACUUUGAACUUUCAGGGUUUUGAUCACAUCCACAACGGUUGGACAGUAAAGCUUUGGUUCGCCUUUCUACCCCCCAGAGAAUAAGUUUGAAAGGGCUGAUGCUUUCACACAGGACAUUAAAUAUGAAUAAAAACACUUAAAUCCAAAGUAUAUGAAUUACAUUAUUUGGCCACUUGGGGCAUUCUCUUAAUGCAAGUAACUUAACCAUCAUUCACAUGCUCCUAGAAGGGUUUCCAGUUAACACAAGUCUUGUCUUGAUUUGGAUGAAAAAAAAUAUUAAAUAGAGUAUGGAUAGAAUAGAAUAGAAUAUUCCUUUAUUGAUCCCCCAUGGGAUCACAGCAGCAACACAGACAAAGGAUAGGAUAGAAAGCUGUUAUUUUUUAAUUAAAAACAAGAUCUCUUUAUGAACAAAACAGAUAGCUGUUUCAAUGACAACCACAGAAGGAAAAUACAUAGAAUUCAUAAAAAGUUUUAACAAAAAAAUGCAGUUUUUAACUUUGGUCUGUUCUGGUAAAAAAUGUCAAUUCUGUCACUUCGGCAAGUUUGCUACUGCUGAUCGAACGCAGCUUUGUGUGUCUGAAAAUUUGCCCCCAAUCAUUGUGAAUAGAUGCUUUUCUCCCUCAUGACAAAAUCAUGCCUUAAACUCAAACUACAAAGUGAAUACACAUUGAUUUUAGUUAAAAGACUUUAAGAUUUAAGAUACAUGGCUGCGACGGCAACUGUCUCCCGUCAUUUUUAGACGCUGAAAUCAAUGUUUGGUCUGCCAGCACCAUAAAACGCUCACGCAGUUGGAGCACUUCUGUUGUUUUGUUCUUUGCUGUUGCUUUCUGUUACAACACAUUUCAGCCGUUGUGUUUGUUUUGGACUUUUGUAUGUUCUUUCAAAGUUGUGUUGCUUCUGCUUUUGCAGCGUGUUUUUGACUGUUUGAGGCCACUGUACCAAAGUUAUCUCAAAACGCUGUACGGAAAAAGCCGCACCAGACCACACUUUCACAGCAGAGAGCCGUAGGCUGAAACCACAGGCAGAACCAGACAGGUGAGGAGCAGCCAUCUGCCUUCACUGAGACUCUUUUCGAGAAAACGGUUUACAUUCUGACUGAAACUACAAUAAUAAUAUUCUGGGAAUAAAUCCACAAAAUGAAGCCGAGGCAUUAAGAAAACAAACUGAACCUAACAAGCUUGAUCACAAAAGCAGAUUUUCACAGCGUGUUUAUAAAAGUUUUGAUAAAAGACAGGUUCAGAUUGAAGGUGAAAGUCCAAACUUUAACUCAACAGUUGUUGUGUCAUUUGAUCUAAUGAUCCAAUUGAUCCACAUCCUCCGAUGUGCUGAAGUCGAGAGCAAAACUGUCCUCUUUGCACCGUGUCUGCCCUCCAGGUCGUCUGAAUGAACCUCUGAAAAGUCAUCAAAACUCCAUCAUCACUACUCUUUAAGUGUUAAAGCAAAAGUCGAGCCGUUCUCAGGUGUUUCACUGCCCUUUAGAAGUUUCUUACAUGACUAUGCAUACAGACCUGAAGAGGCGUUUCAGUCAUACUCUGUUGUAAUCACAGUCUUGUCACAGAGGAGGCAUCCAGCCAGCAAAUGUGGUUUUGUUUUCAUGAUCUAUAGCUUUAUGUUAAACCUUUCUUAAUGUAAACGGAGACCUUGAGUGGAAAAUUGCUUUGUCAGUAACUGUUUGCCCUUUGUUGAGGUCUGUAUUUCAAACAGCGGUUCCACAUGAGUGAAAUUGCUGCCGCUGCUGCCCACACAUGAAUCAAUAUAACAACAAUGACUGUAAUCACAAAUCCCAAUAUUUUCUGUUACACCACAAAGAUUGGAAAUAUUGAAUGAGCAGUCCCAAUUUUCUCAGUUGGCAUUCAGCGCAGGGGCGCGGGAGAACAUGGCUUUGUAAGUCACAUAAGUUUAAUUUGAAUAUCAUAACUGCAGCAAACAGCGGCGGAGCGGUUGUCGUUUUUACUACUCUGGCAUAAACCAUUGAAAUUGAA